GACCAGCUGUCAGAGCAAACGGCGGUGUGGAAGGUUUUUUCCAGCAUCGCUGAACGCUUGUUCCAGGUCCGCAGGGUUCUUUAGAAUCAAAAGAAGCCUUGUGGGGGCUUCCGAAGGUGUGGGCGAUCUGCUGCUCUGUCGUUGGUGGCGACUGACGAGGGAUGGCGGACUAACCCAGGACCGAGCGGAUCGGAAAGAAGACGGCCUUAAUGGCUGCUGAAGCUGUCAGCUGGACAAAGCAAGCGAGAGACUAGCCGAACAACGUUUCCUCUCCCAGGAAGAUUUAAAGGAGAUUCUCCAACAGUUUGAAUGCCAUUUUACAUGGAUGUUGCAGAAAGAGCAUAUUCAUCCCGGUGAAUUGGAGGAAAGAAUUGCUGAGCAGAUCCAGUUCUUAAUCAAUAAAUCCAAAGUUCAAAAUUAUAACCUUCUUGCCUAUGUGAAAUUCCUGAACGACAAGAAGGAAGAAGCACUGGAAAACUUACAGAAAGCUGAAGAGACUGUGCCUGUAGAGUAUCCUGGGGAUGUUGAAAAGAAAAGCCUGAUUACAUGGGGCAAUUAUGCCUGGGUGCACUACCACAUGGGCAAUCUUACUGAAUCCCAAACCUACAUGAAGAAGGUAGAAAGCAUCUGCAAGCAACUUGGAAGUGCAUCUUCUUAUAAGAUGGAGCUCCCACAGAUCUACUGUGAUAAGGGUUGGUCGCUUCUAAAAUUUGGAAGCAGGUAUUACGAAAAGGCCAAGGAGAGCUUUGAAAAAGCACUGGAAAAAGAACCAAAAAACCCAGAGUUUAACUCAGGCUAUGCAAUUACAGUAUACCGCCUGGAAGAUCAUUUUGCCAAAAAGCCAUCAGAGUUAUCACUGGAACCUUUGAGGCUUGCAGUAAAACUGAAUCCUGAUGAUGUAUUUGUUGUUCCUCUACUUGCAAUGAAGCUUCAAGAAAUAAACAAAAUGAAAGAAGGAGAAAACUACAUUAAAGAAGCCCUUCAAAAACAUCCUGACAUUCCUUAUAUAUUAAGAUUUCCCAAGAGAAGAUAUGAAGAAUGUUUUUGCAAGGUCUUUAUUUCAGAGAAGGUUUAG